AUGGUUCUAACAAUCCCAUCAUCACUUCUCGUUCCAAGCAAUUUCAGCCACCACCACCUCUCCUCUAAUGCCACAACUCAUCCCAUGAUCGACUCAUCACCACCGGCAGGAAUGAUAGUCGCCGGCGACGAGAUUCCGACGAUCGACUACCUCGCCCUCUUCUCCGCCGACCCUAACCGGCGGUCCACGGUCAUGGACCGCCUCUCCUUAGCAUGUGAAGACUACGGCUUCUUCAACCUGGUGAACCACGGGAUAGAGGAUGGAGUGAUGGAUGACGUGGUGAGGGGGAUAUCGGAUUUCUUGGGGGAGACGGCAGUGGAGGAGAAGAGCAAGGAGGCUUUGGGGAAGUACCAAACCAAAUUCCACGAAGUGAAGCUGGGCUUGGCUAGGGCUAUGUCCCUAAUCUUAGGGCAGGAAGAGUCCUACAUCGAGAAUGCUCUCCAUCUGGAGUCGGGCUUCGACGUCGCUGCCAUGAAUGUUUACCCACCAAACUUGCACUCGAAGGGCACCAUUCGGCUUCCUGAACACACCGAUCCGGGCUUCAUCGUCUCCCUCGUCCAGAACAUGGACGGUGGCCUUCAAAUCCUAACCCAUCAAGGAAAAUGGGUCAACGUCCACAUCCCUCCCAGCGCCAUCCUCAUCCAAAUUCUAACGAAUGGCAAGUAUAAGAGUCACAUUCAUCGUGUGUCGGGCAACUACAAGGCAAAAAGAAUCACCAUGGUCACACUUCAUGGGCCAUCUGAAAACAAAUUUGUUGCUCCGGGUCCAGAAUUUGUGGAUGAUUCCCACCCGCUGGCUUACCGUGGAAUGACAUACUCGGAUGGGUUGAAAGCCAAUGGUCAUUAUGAGAUUGAAGUUCAAUCAUGCAUUGCACAACAUAGAACUCUUCUACCCUAG